GGACAUUUUAGUCAGUUGCACAAGCAUGUGCAUGAGUCGAGUGGGUGACUGGGCUUUCUGACCAAACGGUAUUUUCAUCAACGUUUUGAUGUCGAAAGAGGAGGAAACCCAAACAAUGGAGCCACAGACGAAACGCUGGAAAGGGUCCGUGUGCGACUCCGACACCUGGGUUGCUUAUCCUGUCCUGUCAGAUGAGCAGUCGCAAGACGUCGAGCUGAUAAAGGCGUUUGCGGCACCCAUUGUCAACAAGAAAGAGACAUCUCGGCUUCUCCGGGAGCUGAGCAGCCUGUACCCGUUGAAUGGCCUUCAGCACAUCAAGAGGGUGCGGGCGGUCAGGGAGAAGGGCAGCCCUCAUCCUCUGGAAGUCCUCGUGUGCCUCGUCAGCGACGCGCCAGACAUUAAGGUGAUAAACAUUGACUCUCUGCUCCCCGCAGAUGGAGUCAGACAUGACGGAUUAGGUGAGCCUUUUGUGGUAAAGGUCCCUGCACGCCCCCCUUUGACCCGGCCCCAGUUUGAGCUGGCGAGCAAACACUGGCCCACCUCCUUUCAUGAGGACAAACAGGUGACCGUGGCCUUGAGAGGAGAGCUCUUCAGUCCGCCACAGAAAGCCAGGAUGCACAUGUACAUGACGUCUGCUUUAACAGCUGCCAAAGCAGGAAAUGAGCUGGGAAUGGAGGCGGUGGGGGCUGUGGUGGUCGACCCAGCAACGGAGAGAAUCAUUGCAGUAGGCCAUGACUGCCGAGGUGACCAUCCUCUCCAUCACGCAGCCAUGGUCUGUAUUGACCUGGUGGCUCAGAGCCAGGGCGGCGGACGUUAUUCUUUUGACAGAUACCCUGCAUGCGGGUUUACCUCACCAACCUCAGACCCCUUUCAGAGCGUUCCUGGUGCAGAGGCGAGCUCACUGCCAUACAUAUGCACCGGGUAUGAUCUUUAUGUGACCCGAGAACCUUGUGUCAUGUGCGCCAUGGCGCUGGUACACUCCCGGAUAGGUCGGGUCUUCUACGGGACUGCCUCUGCUGACGGGGCUGUAGGGACCAGAUAUAAAAUCCACUCGCAGAAAGAUUUGAACCAUCACUUUGAGGUUUACAAAGGAGUGUUGGGCAAGCAGUGUGAGGAUCUUAACGGUCUGGGCAACCACAUCCAAAGAGAGAGUGUACAGCAAAGUAGAUAAUGUAUCAACUUCAAAAUAUCAAACAUGAAUGGGCCUGGAGCUGGAAUUUUAGUUUUUACAUAGAUUAUAUUAUGUUACACAAGCAUUUCUUUUAAAUAAACUUUUUAAUCAUUUGGCCAUUGUUGUAUUAAGAGCAUGUGUGUAGAUGAAAACUAAUAAGGCUCCUUCCCACCAUAGUGCAGACUUUCCUUUAGGCUCGUUAGGAUUAAAGAGCGAGUUGGUGACACUAAAGCCUGACUUUGGGUAAGCUGUUGGCACAAUAAAAAUGUUAAUUCAGCGGGGACUUAGUCAUUUUCUUUUGUAAGAGUCUCAGUGCAUAGGUCCAGAUGAGGGAGCACUUGUUUUGUUUUAUAAACUCAGAUGAAAAACAACUUAAACUGAAUGUUAAAUUCAGUAUUUAGCUAGUGUUUUUGUGCUUAUCUUUGAGGUAUUCACAUUUACAGCGGUUACAACCUACAGUGCUAACUAAAAUAACAUACCAUUGUUUUGUCGCAAUUCAGCUUGUGGCUGUAAAACAAUAAAUGCUAAUUUGUGAAGAUUUCGUAAAGUUUGUUUCAAGAUUGGAGAGGCUUUUUUCCCCCAUGUGGACUCUUGACGGUAUGAUCAACUUGAAAUUAGUUUUCAAACUACGUUGUAUACAUAUGAUUAAUUUCUCAGAUGUGCAUUUUGAUGAUUGCUUCCAAACUUCUUUGUUAUUCCUGUGCAAUCUGUUGUAAUACUCUAUCAUGCAUCUAUUAUAUUGUGGAUGUGUUAUCACACUUCCCUGAUAAGCCUAGGAUUGUCUGUUGCUUCUCAGGUCAAAUAUGGUUUUCUAAAAAAUAGCUUUUGAAUUCACCUUUAGAGUAAACCUUGUGUAAAAUCCUCUGAUAAUCUGAGAGAAUCCUGAAUUAACUGACUUUUCCUUUGUGGAAAGUACCCAACAGUUUCAUUACAUUCCUGAUAUUCCAUAAUUACUGGUAAACAAUGCAAUGCACAACCAUUAGAGAUGAAACAGUUUGAGGGCACAAACAUUUUAAUAAGAUUAAGGACAAGAACUCUCAAGAGCUAUGGGCAAACAAAGCAGGACUAGCUGCCUUGAUGAUAGCCAAAAAGUCAUAAUCUAAAGAGAGCGCCUACAUGAAUGUAAGUUGAUCACAGAGCUACUGUAGACCUUCCUCAGUAAACACUUAACCAGACAACAAUAAUUUGUCUCAUUUCUACACACAGGACUUUUUCUUUAGCAUCCAGGACAUAACAUUCACAAAAAAAACUGUACAAUG